AUGUCGUUGUUGAUUGUCGGCGCUGGUGUUUUUGGGCUCUCUGCCGCGAUUGAAGCGCAGAAGAAGGGAUAUAGUGUCACUGUUAUCGAUAAGCACCCAGUUCCGUCUCCGUACUCUGCCGCAUGCGAUAUCAACAAGAUUAUCCGCAGCGAGUACGACUCGCAUUUCUACGCCAAAAUGAGCCUUGAUGCAAUUGAAGCGUGGAAUUCCGACCCAGAGUACUCAGAAACGUACUUUGAGUGCGGCAGAUUGUCUGUCUGUCCAAAGUCGAAUUCCAACAGGCGAAGAUUUGACGAUAUAAGUAUCGCUGUGCUUGGUGAGCUGGGCAAGGCUGAUAAAAUUACCAAGUACGCCGACGCCGUCUCUCUGAAACGGGAUCUGCCCUGUCUGGCAGACUGCCAAUUUUCGUCAGAGGAUGUGUAUGUCUACAACGGCAGGGCCGGAUACGCACAUUCGUCUAAUGCCCUGAAAGCAGCUUGGAGAAAAGCUGUCCGGUGCGGUGUCCAAUUCGUCUUUGGCGAGGCUGGAGAGGCCGUCGGAAUAGAGCAGACCGACGGUAAGACUGCUGUGGCUGCGAAGUCUGGAGCCAGAUACACUGCAGACAAGAUUCUUGUCGCUUGUGGUGCGAGCUCUGGAUUUGUUGUGAAUGUCGCCGGCGUGCAAGCAGCCACUGGUCUCUUUGUCACACACAUCCAGCUGACUCCCGCAGAGGCCGCAGAAAUGGAGGAUAUUCCGGUGAUUUUUGACGCGGGUCUUGGGUAUUUUUUCCCGCCUGAUAAGGAAACCGGGCUUGUGAAAGUUUGUAUAUCUGGCGUGGCAGCAGCAAACAAUGUGGCAAAUCCUCACGAUUAUGGCACGGUGUCAUUGCCGCGCUACAAACAUGACACAGCAACGGACACAAUUCCGCAAAAUUCGCUUUCUCAGGCGCGCAGGCUGCUGACCAAGUACUUUCCUGAGCUGGCUACCAAGCCUUUUAUAGGAAGCAAAACCUGCUGGAUAGCAGAUAGCUCGAACUCAGACUUCAUCAUAGACAAGGUUCCUGGCCAUUCGGACGUAUAUCUUGCGUCGGGAGACUCUGGCCACGGAUUCAAGUUUCUUCCAAUUAUCGGGAGCUAUGUGCUGGCGAUGUUGGAGGGCCGUCUGGAUGCUACAACUGCAGAAAGAUGGAAGUGGAGGGGUGAGCCAGAGGGGCUGGAGAAGUACAAAAAUACGGACUGGAAACUGACCAAGCAGCUGUUGGAGUUUGACCAGAUCACCUUUGCCAAAGAGUGA